CCCCCCGGGGGGUGCCCGCCGUUUGAAAGGGGCAACUUCAGCAUCGACGCGUACCAGCUGUACCCGGAGAACAUGGACUGGGACUCCGAGCUGUGCCAGGUCUACAUUGGCAUCCUGUUCAACGGGAGCUUCGGCAUCUACGACCCGUACGGCGAUAAACUCGACGUCGUGCGCUUCCCCGGCUACUCGCUCGACGCGGCCAUCCACAUGGGUGGGGUCGGCUGGGACGCGCGUACGGGGCUGGCGUCGGCGAUCGUGGGGCAGGGCAACGCGUUCAACACGGCAGGCGCGGUAGUGGGCGGCGACAAUCUGCUCAAGAAGUACGACCCGCGCACGCGCGCCGUGGUUUGGACCGUCAACUUGACGGCGACCACGCAGGGCGCCUACGGCGGCUUCAACGACGUCGCGCACGACCCGGCCGGCAACACGUACGUAUGCGGCACGUUCCCGUCGUCUAUCCUGCGCGUCGACGCCCGCGGCACGCACGUCACGGCAUGGUACCCGCCCGCCGAGCCCGUAGACCACACGGUGCGCGGCUUCUCGGGCAUCGUGGCGCACGGCAUCACGCUCGUCGCGCUCGACAGCGGUGCCGGCAAGCUGGUACGCUUCGACGCGACGGCCGCGACGGCAGGAACAGGCGUGGUGGUCCCCGUGGCUCCCAACGUAUCCAUCGCGGGCGGCGACGCGAUCCACCUACCGGCCAAGUUUGGCGGGCGCGUGAUGCUCGUGGCCGAGCACGCGGCUGGGGUUGCGGUGCUGCGGUCGCGAGGCGGCGACGGGGACGCGAGCUGGACGGCCGCGGAGCACUUAGGCGUCGUGCCGAAUUCUGUCGCGGCUCUGCCCCCCGGCGCGCUCGUCGUCUCGACCACCCAGAUCGGCGACAGGCUGUACAUUGUCAACGACUGGUUCGCGGACCCUGUCGUGUCUGGGACUGUUGCCGGGAACAAGACGGCGUUUCCCAUGGUCGACAUUACCCGCCAGGUCGACGAGUUGCUG